AUCGGAGAUGACAGUAACUAAUUUUGAGAGUAGCCGUAAGAUCAUCAUACUGUGCGACUGCUGCUUCCAGGAGAUAACAAAUUAUACGCGCAUAAAAUGCGAGUGCGAUAUUGAUAUGUGUGUAAUGUGCUAUUUCAACCAGAAAACUGCUAAAAAACACUCCAUCACGCACAGAUACUACGCGAUCGAACCGCUGAAUUAUACCCUCAUAGAGAGCAAUUGGACUGCUCUUGAGGAGCUCAUAUUUUUUGAGAUGCUGAUACAGCAUGGGCUUGGAAAUUGGACAGAAAUUGCGCUUAACCUGAAGACCAAGAGCUCACAAGAGAUUGAAAACCAUUUUUACAAGGUGUUCGGAAUAAAUAUUAACAAGGAGUACGACAACGAUGUGAUAAUAUCAGAUCUUUCAAAUCCUAACUACCACUAUGUGAGCGUAUACGCACCAAAGAGAAGUGAUUUUGAUUUUGAAGACGAGUAUGACUACGAAAUCAACCUCAAAUCGCUGGACGUAGGAGAAAACGAGGUUAUAAAGAAUUUCCUUCUGGAUGCGUACAAAAAUCUGCUUGCUCUCCGGAAGUACAAGCGGAUGAUAAUACUAGAAAAAGGACUGACACAGGUGCAGGAAAUAAAAGCGAACAAGGAGGCUGUUGAUAGCAGCAUAUAUUAUAAAAUUGCACCAUUAGCACAGUUCAUCUCCAAAAAAGACUUUAACCUUCUUCUCACAGGGCUCGCCAUCGAAAAAUAUCUUUUGGAUUACAAAGGAAUAAAUAAGAGGAUUAAACAUGAUUUCUUUGAGGUCGAGCGAUUGCGCAUGAAUGUUUUAAUGUCCUCAGAGAAGAGCCUGUGCCAAAAACUCAAAAUUACGUAUGACUCGUACAUGAGGCUGAAACGUUAUGCAAUUCUGGAGCAAAUCAGAACGAAGAGUGUUAAUAGCAAGACACUUGGUAGGAUAGUGAAAGGCAAUGACAGCCGGGUAGGAAUACUGCAUAGUUUUUUUAAGAAAAACGGCUGGAUUUAAUUGGUGCAGUUGUAAUUUAUUGUAGUCGGCGGUGCAUUGGUCUUCGUUUGAUAAAGCUAUUGUAAAAAUUGUGGGCAA